CUAAUUUGAAAGAAUUAGGAUAUAGUGACGCUCUCGUUUGAAGAUACUAAUUAGCAUCAGGUAUUUUGAGAGUAAAAAAAACGUCUUAAUUUAAUUUGAUGCUAAUCUCCAGUCAUUCACAACUCUACCAUCUUUCGAUUUCAAUUAACUGUAUCAUCAAACAAUGCAAAACAAUCAACCAACUCAAACAAAUCCAUGCUCAUUCCGUCGCUAAAGGUCUCAUCUCUCACAACACUUGUUCUUCUCAAAUCUUAACUAAACUUCUCUACUCUUUAACGACCAAAAUAACCCACAAACCCUCCUCAUCUUUACUACACUAUGCAGUCUCUAUUUUCACAACUAUCCAAAACCCAUCAAAAUUUAGCUACAAUAUCAUAAUCAGACUACACAUUCUCCAUUCCUCUCCUCACUCUGCUCUCCAAUUCUUCCUCCAAAUGCGCCGCUCAUCAGUCCUCCCUGAUUUUCACACCUACCCAUUUGCUCUCAAAGCCUGUGCCAAUAUAGGCAAUAUUUCCUUGGCGCAAUCCCUUCAUUGUCAGCUUUUAAAAUUUGGGUUUUUGUCUGAUUUGUACGUAACCAACUCUCUCAUUCAUUUGUACUCAUUAUCUAAUUGUUUGAGUGAUGCUCACCAGGUGUUUGACGAAAGUUCUGACAGAGAUGUGGUUUCUUUUAAUGCGAUGAUUGAUGGGUUUGUUAAAGGUGGUGAUCUUGUACAAGCUAGAGCGGUUUUUGAUCGGAUGCCUGUGAGGGAUUCUGUGUCGUGGGGUACUCUUGUGUCAGGGUAUGCGCAGGGGAGCUGUUGUGUUGAGGCUAUUGAAUUGUUUGAUUUAAUGAUGGAUUUAAAAGUUGUGCCUGAUAAUAUUGCAUUGGUGUCUGUUCUUUCUGCUUGUGCCCAACUGGGUGAGUUGGAAAAAGGCAAGAAAGUUCACGAUUAUAUUGAAAGAAAUCGAAUUCGAGUUGAUUCGUUUUUAUCAACUGGAUUGGUUGAUUUUUAUGCAAAAUGUGGGUGUAUUGACACUGCUUUAGAAGUUUUUGAAUUGAGCUCUGAUAAGAGUUUGAUUACAUGGAAUGCUAUGUUAGUUGGUAUUGCAAUGCAUGGUCAUGGUCAGUUACUACUGAAUUACUUUUCAAGAAUGAUUAAUGCUGAAGUUAAACCUGAUGGGGUAACCUUUUUAGCGGUUUUCGUCGGAUGUAGCCAUGGAGGUUUAGUCAAUGAAGCCAGGAAACUUUUCGACGAAAUGGAAUGUGUUUACGGGGUUUCUCGAGAGCUGAAACACUAUGGAUGCAUGGCUGAUUUGCUAGGGCGAGCUGGAAUGAUUAAAGAAACAAUGGAAAUGACAAAGGGAUUGCCUAUGGGUGGUGAUAUGUUUGUGUGGAGUGGUUUGCUUGGAGGGUGUAGAAUACAUGGGAAUGUUGAGAUUGCUGAGAAGGCAGCAAAGCAGGUGAUGGAGUUAAAACCUGAAGAUGGUGGGGUUUAUUCAAUCUUGGCAAGUGUUUAUGCCAAUGCAGAGAGAUGGGAAGAUGUAGUAAAGAUUAGAAGAUUAAUGAGUGGCAAUAAGGUGGUGAAGAAGAAUUCUGGUCGUAGCUUGAUUCAAUUGGAUGGGGUUAUGCAUGAAUUUCUUGCGGGAGAUAGCUCCCAUGCUCGAACUGAUGAGAUGCAUAUGAUUUUAGAAGGAUUUAGUGAACACCAAUGUGAAGUGUGGUAGCAUGUCAACACCAAUGUGAGUUGCGCAUUAAUUAUAUAUAAAAAAUAUACUAACAUAGUAUCAGUUAUUGUGAA